UUGUUUUUUUGUGAUCAUCAAGAAAUAUCAUCUGUACACCGAAAUGUUUACUUUUUGUGUGUGAUAAACUGUAUAUUAAUUUAGGAUGUCUUUACCUUCCGAUUCUUGUUUCGCCGAAUUCCGGCAAAUGGGCUUCAAAAGAGGCUAUAGUAUUGGUGAGGAAGCUGGCUGGAGAGAUGGUUACUCAUAUGGAGUUCGAAGAGGUGCACAAAUUGCUGCAGAGAUAGGCUUCUAUCAAGGUUUUGUUCAUGCCUGGAUACGUAUUUUGGAAAAAGAUGAAAGCUCAAAGCAGAGGAAACUGAUUGCUCUUAAAAGCUUGUUGGAAUCAACGCGGCGUUUUCAUAGAACAAAUAUUCACGAAGAGGACUCCCUUAAGACACUGGAAGCCAUUCGAGCCAAAUUUAAGCAAGUUAAAUCACUUCUAAAUUGUGGAUUUUCAGCUUCCUUUGAUGAUGCAGAUGUUACCUCGUCAUCUUCAACUGCCUAUCCAUCACAGCCAACAUCUCAGAAAGUUACGGAAAUGUCAUUUUGAUUGUUGUUAUAAUAUUUUCAUUUUUAGUCUAUUCUAUCAUUCUAUUAUUCUAUUCUUUCGUUAGUUUAAUUUAAUUGAUGAACAUACUGAGCAAACCAGUAUUUUUUAUGUAUUUGCUGAUAGAACUUAUCCAUGGUUAGUUAAGUUCCAUUGAGCAUGAAUCGAACAGCCUCUGGAAAGAUGAAUAAUAUAAUGUUUUUUCUUGUAUAUAAAUGUUAUAUUGUAAUCAAAUUCUACUUUGCUACUUACCGUGAUAAGCAGUUCCAUUAAUAUCCAAACAACGGCGAGUACAUCGAUAGAAACAAUUACCUCGUUUACAGCCAAUUAAACGAACACGUUCACACUUACUACAUUCUGGAACAUAGUCAAGAUCUGAUUCAGUUAAAUUAGGAGCUGGUGUCCAUGUUUGUCCCCAUGGUAAGUAAACUAUGGUCAACACAAAAAUUAAAAUAUAAAGCCAAUUCAUGUUAGAAAAGAGAUUCAAUUUUGUUGCCUGUUCUGCAAUCAAAAUAUAAACUUGUUAACUAUUUCAUUCCACAUUAAACUUCGAUCGUUUAUUA